CUUGGUCGUUUGUUCUGUGUCAGACUACUCUCCUACGAACCUGACCUUGAGAAUUUUUUAAAACACCUUUUCAAUGUCUAAUUUAUUGUUCUGUGUUUCUCUGCCAGGGUCUGAGUGGUUGGACACAGUCGCCAUGCUGAAUGAAGAACAAAUGCAGGAGCUGCUGGGAUUUCUGACACUUGACACCCGGCUGGAUGUUAAAGGCCAGGCCACUGAGUGUGUGCUGGGAUUGACUGGGAGUAACGACGGCCGCAGCUUACUAGGACAGAGCAUGGACAUCCUGCGGGCUUUGCUGAUGCUCACCAAGGACCCCUCCCGGGCUGUGGCGAAGGACUGCUAUUUUGCCCUGGUCAACCUGUCCGCUGAUGAGACGAUACACCAAACCCUAAUCCAGGAUGUCCGCCUCGUUUCCACGCUCCUGCCCAACCUCUUGGACCCUGGGUAUGACUUCUCUGACCAGAUCUGCUCCAUCUUGUCCAACCUCACCCGGGAGAAGCGCACUUGUGCUGACGUGUUCCAUGCCAUUCAGAAUGAGGGCCCCGGCUUGGCGAAAAUUGUGGACAUCUUCUGCACAGACAGUUACAAUGAAAAUAUGGAACUCCACUACUUGGGGCCGUUGCUGUCCAACUUAACCCAAUUGCCAGAAGCCAGGCAGUUCAUACUGGAUAAAGACAGGUGUGUUGUUCAGCGACUUCUCCCUUACACCCAGUACGAGGCCUCGAGUGUUCGCCGAGGAGGGGUCGUGGGCACACUCCGCAAUUGCUGCUUUGAUUACUCACAUCAUCAAUGGUUGCUGAGCAAUGAAGUUGACAUCCUCCCUUACCUGCUGCUGCCAUUGGCUGGCCCUGAGGAACUGAGCGAGGAUGAAAUGGAAGGCCUUCCUGUAGAUCUCCAGUAUCUCCCUGAGGACAAGCAACGUGAGAAGGACCCAGACAUCCGUAAAAUGCUGCUGGAGGCCAUCAACCUGCUGAUGGCAACAAGAAGUGGGCGUGAGGUGGUGAGGGAAAAGAAGACCUACCUUAUCCUGCGAGAGUACCACAAGUGGGAGACUGAGCCCGAUGUUGCUGCCGCAUGUGAGAAGCUGAUUGAGGUGCUGAUCUCAGAUGAACCUGAGCCUGGAAUGGAGAAUCUGCUGGAGGUGGAGAUUCCUGAGGAGAUUGAAGGGAAGCUAAAGCUGCAGCAUGAGGAAGAGCAGCAGCGAAUUGCAAAGGAAAAGGAAGAGUUACUGAAGAGCAGCGAGGGCGGGAGAGAACAUGGGCACAGAGGACGAGGGGAUAGCCCAGAGGGACUGGAAAGGUGAUGUGAUAUCCUGGACUGAGUGUGCGGUGUUAGAGGAGCCGCAGGCGUGGAGCUCGGUGUGAUUCUGUCUUUGCGAUGGCUCCGUUAGCAACAGCUGAUAUUUGUAAGCGGUUUGGCCAGACCUGGUCCUGUCUGGUAAAGUCUGCAAUCAGAGCAGCCCCCUCCUCUUCGACCUACCCACCAUCGGCCUGUGGUGAUUUGGCAGAGUCACAACCCAGCUCUCUCCUAUGGGCAAUGCCCCAUCUGAUCAUUCCUCCCAACUACGUCUGGUCCCUCAUUCAGGGAGACCACACAUGUGUAUCUGUGUGCAUGGAGAUUUUGAAGGGAAAGGAGAGGAGGCAGGAGGAUUUGGAGACUCGUUCCCGAACUUGUUCAGAGAACAAUCCAUCGGGUUGUGUCUGGGGUAUCUGAAGCCCCCUCGGAUAAAGUAGCUGAAAUCCUCACCUCUCUCUGCAACCACAUUAGCCCUGCUCCCUGCCAAGAGUCCCUGGAAUACAUCUCUGGGAUCCUGAGAGUCAUCUGGAGUGCUGCCCAACUGCAACACCAUCCGUUGCCAGUCUCUGUCCCACCCCCUUCCCCAUACGGCCCCAUCUACCCCCCUUGCAGCUUGACCUGAGAGACCCCUUGGCAGGGGAGUUCUCAUCAGCGUCCUGUCUAAAAGAUAUCCCGUCAAUCCAACGCCACAAGAGAUCAUGAUUUGGUCAUUGAUGUUGGUGGGAUCUUGCUAUGCAUGAAUUAUCCGCUGCAUUUCUCACAUCCUGAUGCUGACCAUUCAAAAUCAUCCAGUUGGCCACAAAAUGCAGCAAGUGCUGAAGUUGGGAACAACACCUUGGCAGUGGGAGCUUGUUUCUCUUCUGUCUACUGGCCUGCCUGAGUCUGUGCUUUCACUGAGGUUCGAACCUGCACAGUCGAUAACCAUCGAUUAAAAAAAUUCCUUUGGCCAUCACA